AUGGCUCUUGGAUUCAUAUGUCCAACUGACGGUCUCUUUUUGAAUUCAGACGAUGAGCACACAUAUUUUCAAUGUGCAUCUGGUACUGCCUAUUUGAUGUCUUGUCCAGCAGGAUUAGUUUGGGAUCAGAGCAAUCAUAUGUGCAAAUGGCCAUCAGUUCAAGUAUCUAAACGUUUUCUAAUCACUGUUGGUGGUAGCGUGACAACUGGCAAAUGUCUCGAUGUUGCUGGCGGUAAUGGAGAACUUCACUCUAAAAUUCAAUUAUUCCGUUGCCAUGGAAAGGAAAGUCAACAAUUUGAAUUUCAUCCUGAUGAUACAAUUCGUAUUAUGGGCAAAUGUUUGGACAUUCCCGAUGCGAAAGCAUAUGAUCAUCAAAGUGUACAACUAUUUCAUUGUAAUCCGUCUCAAGAAAAUCAACGUUUCGUACGUGAUCAACAAAAUCGUAUUCAUGUCAUGGGUAAAUGUUUGGAUGUGCCCAAUGAUGCAAUAGUCAAUAACAAUCCAUUACAAUUGUUUCACUGUCACGAUCAAGCAAGUCAACGUUUCACAUUGGUAAAUCUUUGA